UCUGUCCGCUGUUGACGUGUUGACUUGUUUUUUCUGAGUAAUAUUUAAUGACAGAAUUGAACAGACCUUGCGUUGUGUUGCGUGACUAAAUCAAGCAUUCAGGUAGCUUCAUGUGUCUAGGGAAAAUUAAUCAGUUAUUCUCAUCCUAGUUGCGAAACAAGAACCAGAGGUGCAACAUUUUUUAUGAUAAUAAUGGAUUGGAGGACGGGUCUUCUGAUCUUAACGUGCGUGUUCUACGCUGAUAGUUUUUCAAAAUAUGGACGCACGUGCAAAGACAUAGGGUGCCUUAACAGCCAGGUGUGCGUUCUGGCAGAAGAUCCCUGUUCUUUUGGCCACACCAGGGACUGUGGCACUUACCCAACAUGCAAAAAGAAGACUGAAGUUGAAGGAUCACACGCUGAACCGCAGCCGUCGGUGCCUAAACCAGCGAGACCUCAGACACCCUCGAGGGACUCCGACUCUGCUCCUCACUACCCUCCGCCCGCCCCGCCCGCUGGCGGCUCGCCUUAUGGAGGCUCCGCGCCAUACGGCGGCAGCUCGAAUAACGGAGGAAGCAACUAUCCUGGAGGUUCGCCCUACGGAGGUGGGUCUCCAUACGGAGGUGGAUCUCCAUACGGAAGCAACACAAACGGAGGCGGAUCUCCAUACGGAAGCAACACAAACGGAGGUGGAUCUCCAUACGGAAGCAACACAAACGGAGGCAGCAGUUACCCAGGAGGCUCACCUUACGGUGGCGGUUCUCCUUAUGGAAGCAAUUCAAACGGAGGAGGAAGUUAUCCGGGAGGCUCUCCUUACGGAGGCACCCACGGUGGUGGCUCGCCCUACGGAGGAAACUCACCAUACGGUGGAUCCAACAACAGAGGAGGUAAUUCGCCAUAUGGCGGCUCAAGCUCUGGAGGUUCAGGUUUCGGUUCUGGCGGCAAAGGAACCUUGGACAGCAUAUUCAAUACGCUGAACAAAUACGCUAGCGGAGGCGGAGGCGGAGGCUCCAGCAGCGGCGGCAGCGGCCAGGGCCUGUCCAAUAUCUUCGGCAGCAUUCUCGGCAAUCUCUCUAAAAACGGAGGCAUAAACAACUUGUUCAACACCAGACCGAUUAUGGAAAAUCCCAGUUAUGCCUCUCCCUCAAAUUCUAGGAGUUCUAACUCUAACUAUCCGUCAUCAGGAUACCAACCGGCUCAGAACAGGAACUAUGGGGGGACGCACGCCAAACCCAAUGCGGCCUCUACUGUCAAGCCCGCUACCUAUGGCUGGAAUGUCGGCGUGAUACUGGUUUUGACAUACCUGACACAGCUAUACCUCUACAGUAUGACGCGGGGUUGAAAACUAAUCUAGUUAUUUAUUGUUAUUGUGCUAAUAUGUAUGUAAUUUGCAGAAAUUAAUAAUUGUGUCACUACUGUUAAUAAUAUUUUAACUAGAUCGCCGUUUCAAACUUUUAAUCGCCUAUACGCCAAGAAACGCACACGAAAUUAUAAACUAUUUUGUCACUUUUUCUCUUAUAUCUUAAGACGGCGGUUAAAAGUAUUUUAAUGUAAGUGUAAGUGCUAGUGUUGUUUUAUGUUUUUUACCGUAUUUAUGAUUCAAAAUAUAUUGUCUUUAAGUGCCUUAUGUGUAUGCGUGUCACUUAAAUGUAAAAUGUGAUAGAUAAGAUAAUCAAUAAGACACCUAAACUAGUAGUAAGCAUUUAAGAGGAUUCCCUCAACAUAGAAGCAUUUUUAUAUUAUUUUCCAAUUUUUGUUGCAGUCAGGUUUUAACCUACCUGCUAAUAACUUCUGGUGCAAGACUUCCAUUUUAUAGUACCUGUGAAAAUUUGAUUUAAGAAAUAAAUAUUCAAAUAAAAAAUA